AUGAUCAUCACAUACCUCACCCUGUUUCUCCUCCUUGGCUGUGUGCAGGGAUAUCAGAAAUGCACAGGCAGUCCUCGGAGAUACAAUGGUAAGCUGUGUGGCUCUACCACAAGGUACCACGACUCCCAUAAAGGGGCGUGUGGUUGUGGCCAUGGGGACACGCCCUUCCGUUGGAACCAGGACCAUUACGUAGCUGCAGCCAAUCAGAUGUUCUUCGACUCCGGUCGUAAGACUUGGUGUGGAUCUAAGUGUGGACGCUGUGUUCGACUGACCACCACAGGUGGGUAUGUAGAUGGUCAAGGCGGUAACACAGGUGAAGGUCAGUCGAAGGUCUUCAUGGUGACCAACCUUUGUCCCGCCGUGGAUCCCAACAUGGCUUGGUGCGCUCAAAGUGCGGCGCCGUGGGAUGGUGGUACCAAUACAUUCGGAUACGCCUACCAUUUUGACCUGGAGAACGGCGGCGGUCAGAUUGGCCGUCUCGGCUGGAAUAACCCGGAAGUGACUGUUGAUGAGGUCUCAUGUGAUGGUCACGAGGGUAUGACUCCGAAUAGUGGCCUUUAUGGUAGCUGUGAAUGUCACUGA